UUGAAAUUACUAUUCGCAUUUGAAUAGGAAUGCCUUGAAAAAUUGUCGUUUCAAAGCGUAAUUCAGCUUCAAGAAUUUGAAUUGGACGUCGCAUCAAGGCUGUGCUGCAUUCGGGCAUAAUUCUUUGUAGUUUUUUUUUGUGUGUCUUGUUAACCACAUUUGCCGACGACCGAAAGUUGAAAAUGGCAAAACCUUCAAUAAACGUCGAAGAGUCCAUUCUAGUUGUCCCCGAGGAUGGCAUCUUGGGAUCCAGUGUAUUGAUUCCGAUGGGUAUCAACAUCAACAAGCCAAACAACGAGACAAGAUUGAGGGAAGUUUUCAAUCAAUUCAACGAUGCAUAUACGGAUAUGAUGGACUUUCUCACGCAGAUUGUACCACUUGCCCAUCAACACUUUUCAAAAUCUGACAACCUCCUCCUGCCAAAGACCCCGUCCAAAAAGCGCCUUGCUGCAACAUGGCAGCAACGAGUAGAAAACAAUGAAAAUGUGGAUCCUAACAUCAACCAAGUGGAAGAAGUCCCCUUUUUGAGGCGGUCAAACAGAAUCUCUCAGCAGAUCAACACGUCUUCGAAAGCAGAUAAUCCAAUUAAGCAAAGAAAGACAAGAGCACAAAAAAAAAAGUCGUCAUCAUCAAUAUUGGAACAGGCGAAAUUCACAUCAACAGCAAAAGUUAUCCUCAAAGACUGUCAAUUGCCAUCAAACAAACUGAAACGCACAUUGCCAACCAGUCCCUUGGCAAACAAACCAGCCAAGAAGAAGUCCAAAUCAAGUGAUGAAUCAAGUGUGGACGAGGAAGAUGUAAACUCUAACGAUCUACCACCAUCCAAAAUUAUCAAUCAUAUUCCCACAAGGGCACCAGAGAAUCCCAAUUCGACCAUUGUUUCUGGAAAUGGUGUCCAGUUAGAUGAUACCAACAAUGUGAAAAGUGUUGCUGACGAUCAAGUUUCUCAUGGUAGUAGUGUGGAGAAAAAACCUGAAAUCAAGAAACUUGAUGAAAUAGAAAAUAAAGAACAUUGUAAAGUGCCACACAACUCUCCCGAUAUCCUUCCUAAUUCCUGUAUAAGUACUGAACCCAACAAUGUGACUGAUGCCGUUUCCCCUGCAUCUAAGACUGUGAGUAAAAAAAUUGGGCAGCCAGAUUUGUCUGACACCAACAAAACGCCCAACGAGCUAGCUCAAAAGAUAAUUGCUCCUGAUGCACAUUCUGUUGUUUCUGUCAAUGAAGUGAAUGCCCUAGCUACCAAAACUAGUCACCAACAAGCUACUGCAAUGACAAACAAAGAGUCUGAAGUUAAGUCAUCUGAACCCCAAAUUAGUCUUCCCAGCAAUGAAAAUGACAUUUGUAAUGACAUACGUCAAAGCCAACGACUAUCUAAUCCUCAACGUAAUGAAAUCGGUGUGAAAAAUGGCAUACGACGAAGCCUGCGAUUAUUUAAACAGGAUUGUGUUAAGUCCAAACCUGUAAGCAAGGAGGCUACCGAUCCAGUUUUGCUUGUGAAGAAUCAAGAAGAUCCAAUGAUUGAGCGUGAAAUAAUUUCACAGAAACCUGAAUCAAAACCAACUGUUGUGAAUCAAGAGAAGCAAUUUACAAAGGCAGAUCCUCCUGCCACAGCUUUGAGUUGUGUAAAUGCUCACGCUAAAUUCCUUGCUCCUUCAGAUCCACAUGCAACACCCCUUGGUCCAUCAAAUGUACCUGCCACAUCUCUGGGUCCAUCAGAUCCACUUGCCCAAUCCUUGGGUCCCUCAGAUCCACAUCCCACAUCCUUGUGUCUUUCAGACCCACCUGCUACAUCCCUGGGUCCCUCAUAUCCACAUCCCAAAUCCUUGUGUUUGCCUGAUCCACCUGCUACUUCCCAGGGUCCCUCAGAUUCACAUCCCACAUCCUUGUGUCUGUCAGAUCCACCUGCUACAACCCUGGGUCCCUCAGAUCCACAUGCCGAAUCCUUAAGUACAUCAGAACUUAGUGCCCCACAUCAUUUUGCCAGAGCGCUAAAUACCUCUGAAUCAAGUCAUUCACAUCUCAAAGACCCAAAUAGUAGAGUGCUAGAUCAAGAAGCCACGAAUUCAGUCUCUGGAGCCAAUGAUAUUGCAAACAUGGAUCGAAAACCCACCAACCCAGACGUACAUGUUGCAAACAUUAAUUCAGAAAAUGCAGAUGCGCACCUUCAGAAGAAUGUUGUUCAAACAACACCUAAACGCCAGCCGACUCGGCGUAGCGCUCGACUGUCCAGACGCGUGAGUAAAGUAUCUUCAGGGUUUGUGAGGCGCACGUCCAGAAGAUCGAGCCGGAAGUCUUCACAUUACAAGAAACCAAUAUCGUUGAAACGAGUUGAAGUUCCAAUGGAAAAUAUUGGUAUUGAAAGUGAUGGCAACGUUAAUGAUUGUGCCGAAGUUACUUGCCAGGAGCAGUCUUCUUCAAAUUCUGAAGACGAUGUCCCAAAACUAUCUUCAACAACUAUAAAUACACCAAAUAACGUCAGCACCGUCUGCGUGUCCAUUGAUCAUAUGAAGGGAAAAAAGGAUGGAAAGGUUGCAGAUAUCGUUCAAAAGUUGAACGGAAACAAUUUGCACAAGGAGCAACCAAGCGUAUGCAAGACACCCAAUGUCAUUCACAGUGUAAGGAGAAUUGGUUCCACAAUCCAAGGAUCCACUCACAAACCUUCUAAUCUUAUUGGAAAUGUCAAGACCAUGAUUAAGAGGCCGUCUGUUAAGAAACCGGAUGCAAACGAACUGGUUCGGCAGAAGAUGCUCGAAUUGCAGCGCAAGGAAGCGAAAGAGAAGGCCCGUAAAGAUGAGAUGGAAAUGAACAAGAGGCUAUAUGCUGAAAAAAUAAAACGAAAACGGGAGGAAAAGCAGAAGCGUGUUGCCGAAGCCAAAGCGACACGUGACCGCGAGGAACUCGAUAAAAAACAACGUCUGAUUGAAGAAAAGCAUCAGAUGUUCCAGGCCUCCGAACAGGCGCGUAAGAAACGGGAGGAUGACGAAACAAAGAAACGGCUUCGCGAGCAGCGUACGAAAGAGGCCGAGGCAAGGCGAUGUAAAGAUAAUAUGGAACGGGCGAAGAAACUGAAGGAAAAGGAAGAAGAAGAGAAAAUGUACCGCGAUAUGCUCAAGCGAAGACAGGAACAAGAAGAGCAGGAGCGUAGACAAAAGAUCGAGGAGGAGAGACGCCUUCACGAACAGAAACAACGCGAGCGAGCUCGUGAAAAAGAAGAAGAAAGACAACGAAGGAUAAAGGAGAUCAAGGAAAGAGAAGCGAAGAGAUGCGAGAAAGAGGAUGUCGCCAAAAAGUGAAGGAUGAAACGGAUAAAGAACAAGAUGAAAAGGAAAAACGAUUGAUUCAAACAGUCAAGGAGAAAUUGGAAGAGGAGAGGAGGUUAAAACAAGAUAAACUUCAGAUGGAAGAAAGAGAGAGGCAAGAACAAGAAGAGCAAAGGAAACGAGAGGUGCAGAGAAUGGCUGCUCUUCGAGCACAACAAGAUGCCCAAUCUUAUCUCAUGACACCUCCGCCUGCACAAACCCGCCGGCCUGCAACUGACGAGAACUACGACAUCAGCGACUUACGUAGUGACGAAUCGACAGACGACGAAGGCGCUCCUCGUAAGAAGGUCCCAAGCUGGGCUCAGGGAAUUACCUUGAAGUCUGCCUUACUACGCCAAGAAGAACCGCGAAAAGUUUUCGAGGCGCUCAUUUCAGGCUUCGUACCCCACGCUCCAGAUCUGGAUAAGAUAUUCGUGAAGAAACGAAAACGCUUCUAUCAGCGAACGAGCUCGGCUCAUUGGGGCACCCCACCUUUGAGAUCAACUUGUUCGUAGCGUUUUCGUAACAUUUUAUGUUAUUAACGCGAAACAAUUACUAGUUGUUCGAAUCUAAUUUAAUGUUCGUUCUCCCUUCGAUUGUCGUCUCUCUUAUCAUUGUAUAUAGUCCAUGUUUUGUUGUUUGUUUUCAAUCGAAUCACUGGGGGACGAAGGACCAGCUUUCUUUACGACUGUACAUUGACGUCAGCGGUUAUUUGGUCCUUCCAGUGAACGGUAAAGGCAAUCGUUCAAAUUCUGAUCUUUGCAUAUGGAGAAGUUUUUUAAGAAAAGAUGAAUAGCAGUACUUGUCGCAGAAUCUUAAAAAUGAACGAAUAUAUUUUUUACAAAUAUUGUCAUUUUCUUCAUCGGUCUUUACUGCCAAUGAAUUGCAAGUGUUGGAGUUUUAGAAAAUAAAUGCGAAUGGUAAAUCUUACGGGAUGAUGUUGAUGUGAAGACAAUGGCAAUGAAAUAAAGUCUUGCCCCGUGAGAGAACUGCUUAAUUGUGCAAAUAAAAUACAUCCAUUUUAAAACGCGCACGUUUAUCGACAUGGAAGACUGUGUUGAAUGAAGUCAGGGGAACGUAAGAAAUUUUUAUAUAAUGUGGACAAUUAUUGUGCAUCAUACAUUUUGUAAAUAUGAAGAAUUAAACUUUUGUUGUAUAUGAUGAAAUAAAUCUAUACUGUGAA